AUGACUCUCACUCACAUAACCCCUCUCCGCCAACAUGCUGAGAUUUUAAUCCUCUUCGGCUUUAAACCCGAGGUAACUCAAGAACACAAAGACACAUUUGUGCUCGAGGUCAAGAAGCUCAAAAACCUGCCAUCUGUGAAAGAUGGUCGCCUAAUUGUGGGUGGCCCCUCAUUGACGCCUCGCAUUGAACUGAGCAAAGGGUCCAAAUUCGCCAUGAUAAGUUAUCAUGAGAGCCUAGCGGCAUUGGAGUAA